CAUUCGAUACCACAUACUUGACAAAUAGGUAUGGAAUGCCAUUUGCACCUUUUGUGGGUGUAAACCAUCAUGGACAGUCAAUCAUUUUGGGUGCAGGCCUUAUUUCAAGUGAUGAUACAGAAUCGUUUAUUUGGUUAUUUAAAACUUGGCUUGAUUGCAUGGAUGGAAAAGCGCCGAAUGCUAUUAUUACAGAUCAAGAUCGCGCAAUGAAAAAUGUGAUCGCCAUUGUCUUCCCAAACACGCGGCAUAGAUAUUGCUUGUGGCACAUAUUGCGAAAGGUCCCUGAGAAACUUGGUUCACAUGGUCAAUACAAAUGUGGCUUGAAAAGUAAGUUGCUAUCUUGUGUAUAUGACUCCCUUACAAUUGAGGAGUUUGAGAAUUCUUGGAAAAGCCUCAAUGAUACUUUCAACUUGCAUGAAAAUGCAUGGUUGCAAAGCUUAUAUGCAGAAAAAGAGUUUUGGGUGCCGGUAUAUUUAAAGAACUCGUUCUGGGCUGGAACGAGUACAACUCAACGCAGUGAGAGCAUGAAUGCUUUCUUCGAUGGCUACGUGCAUGCCAGAACAAACUUUAAAGAGUUUGUUGAUCAGUUCGACAAUGCUCUCAAGAAAAAAGUUGAGAACGAAAACCAAGCUGACUUCAAUUCAUUUAACUUCACUAUCCCUUGCAUAUCACACUUGUCUCUUGAGAAGAAGUUUCAAGAUGUAUACACAAAUGCAAAAUUUAAGGAGGUUCAACAAGAGAUAAUGGGAAUGAUAUACUGUCAUUGUCGUUUCGAGAAAAUGGAUGGAGUAAUCGCAACUUACUCGGUCGAUGAUCAAGUUAAGGCUGAAGAUUUCAUCAAGGAGGUUACGUAUACUCUUUACUUUAAUGAGGCCGAGUGUGAGGCGAAGUGUGUUUGUGGGUUGUUUGAGAUGCGAGGGAUAAUAUGUAGACAUAUUCUUGCCAUUUUUUCAGCUAAGAAAGUCCGUGAAUUGCCAGAAAAGUACAUAAUAGACCGGUGGAGGAAAGACAUAAAACGGGCUUAUACUAUUAUUUCGACCAGUUAUGACGCUGUUGAUCAGAGACCCGAAACUGUUAGGUAUAAACAUAUUUUGAGAACUUUCAAUGAGGUAAUAACAAAUGCAGUUUCGUGCGAUGGACAUACUCAGGAAAUGAUUUCGAACUUGUAUGCGAUGAAUGAUGUAUGGCGCACAUCGAAGCCCUCCAACAUAGAUCUCAAUGUUGGAGGAAGUACCGUGAAUGCAGUCACGGAAGGAAGUUCCAAAAAUGUGCUAAGUCCCCAUGUUGUCAGAGGCAAGGGAAGACCCCCGUGUAAGAGGAGGAUGUCGAGGAUGGAGGAACGAGUGAAGAAAAUUAAAACUAAGGCUGCGAAUAAGAAACAAGAUAAGGGAAAAAGUAGACUGAGGCGUAGAUUGGACACCGAACUAUUGGAAAGCAGUGAAAACCAACUCGGCCUAUCGGAAAUGAGGAUGCAAGAAAAUGUACAAACUCCCAUAAUGGUCAAUGAAGAAAGUGGACAACAUCCAGUGAUGGGAACACAAGAAAGUGGACAACAUCCAGUGAUAGGGACACAAGAAAAUGCAACUAGGAAUGGAUGGAACACAACCGGAGAUGGUAGAUGGAACGCAGCCAAGCAUCGUCUUGUAGCAAAAUUUUAGAGAUCUAUUAUGUUUACUUAUGUUGUGUGUUGAAUUUGGGUUGGAUGUAGUUUGUUGGCAUGUGUGUUAGGGGUGAAACGUAGGAAUUUGCGUGUUAGUGUUAGAGUUUUGGAGUAGACUAUGUAUUAGUGGUAAAAGUAUUCGUUUUGUAAAUGCGGCUUGGUAUUUGAGCCCACGUUUUGCACAUUUUGUAUCCAAGU